AUGGCCACCCUGGUAGAAUCCUCCGAAAUGGAGACUUUAGGCGUUCAGAGCAAAUCGGGGACGUCUCCGACAUCCUCCGGCCCCUCGCAGCACUUCAACGACAGCAAAUUUUAUCUGCUGGUGGUUAUCGGGGAGAUCAUUACGGAGGAUCACCUGAAGUGUGCCAUUGCGGACAUAGAGAAAGGUAUCCGCUCAUGGGACACCAACCUUAUCGACUGCAACCUGGACCAGGAACUCAAGCUGUUUGUCUCCCGACACUCCGCUCGUUUCUCUGCAGAUGUCAGAGGGCAGAGAAUUCUUCACCAUAAAAGCAAUGUCCUGGAGACAGUGGUGCUUAUCAACCCUUCAGAUGAAGCAGUCUGUACCGAGGUUCGUUUGAUGAUCUCGGACACUGCUAGACACAAGCUUCUGGUACUCUCAGGGCAAUGCUCUGAAAACAGCGGGGAGCUGAUUCUUCAGUCCGGAUCUUUCUCUUUCUUCAAAUUCAUAGACAUAUUCACUGACCAAGAGAUUGGUGAAUUGCUCAGCACCAUUAACCCGGCAAACAAAGCCAACCUCACACUGUCCUGCCCUGAACAAGGCGAAUGGAAAAACUCCAACUUGGACAAACACAACCUGCAGGAUUUCAUUUACAUGAAACUAAACUCGACUCCCAUACUCCCUGAAAUGGAGGGCCUCUCAGAGUUCACAGAGUAUUUAUCUGAAUCAGUAGAGAUCCCAUCUCCUUUUGACAUGUUAGAACCACCAACCUCAGGUGGAUUCUUGAAACUCUCCAAACCAUGCUGCUACAUUUUCCCUGCUGGUAGCGGGGACUCUGCUCUCUUUGCUGUCAACGGCUUCAACAUGCUCAUUAACGGUGGCUCAGACAGGAAGUCCUGCUUCUGGAAGCUGGUGAGACAUCUGGACCGCGUGGACUCCAUCCUCAUGACCCACAUUGGUGACGACAACCUGCCAGGCAUCAAUAGCAUGCUGCAGAGGAAGGUUUCAGAGCUUGAGGAGGAACAGUCACAGGGUUCGACGGCUAACAGUGACUGGGUGAAAAACAUGAUUUCUCCAGAUAUUGGCGUUGUGUUUGUGAAUUUUCCGGAAAACCUGGAUAACCCAGAACCUAAUUACAGAGUGCGGAAGAAUGUUGAGGAGGCAGCGUUCACUCAGCAGUUCCUCACCAAGCUAAAUUUGAGGUUAGAGCCUCUGCAAAGGCCUGUUGGAAACGCUAUCGAACCACUUAUACUUUUUCAGAAAAUGGGCGUUGGGAAGCUUGAGAUGUAUGUGCUCAAUCCAUCAAGGAACAGCAAGGAGAUGCAGCACUUUAUGAAGCAGUGGACAGGAAGUGAAAAAGACACAGCCUCCAUUCUGCUGCCAAACGGAAAAGAAUCUGAGUUCCCCGUCUCUUACUUGACUUCUAUCUCUUCGCUCAUUGUGUGGCACCCUGCAAAUCCCUCAGAUAAGGUUGUGCGUGUUCUCUUUCCUGGAAAUGCCACCCAGCAUCACGUCUUUGAAGGUUUAGAAAAGCUAAAGCACUUGGACUUCCUGAAACAGCCAGUUGUCACUCAGAAAGCGAUGUCUUCAAAUAUGCCGGCAACGACAACACUAAAGCAAGCUAAGAUGAAACACAGAACAGACAGCAAAGAGAGCCUUAAAUCUACCCCAAAGCCAUCACCAAGCAGAAGCUUCAGAAAGGAUUCAAAGGAAGAAGAAAAGGCAAAGGCAGAUGCAGAGUUGUCUCAUGAAAAAACACAGAAGACUGAGAAAAAAGAAAAGGCCCCCCUGAAAAAGGAAAAGGCAAAGGCACCCGAGAAAGAAUCAAAAGCAAAGGCAGAGCUAACAGCUGCAAAUGAAACUCCAGAAAAAAAGAAGUCUGACAUAAAACCCAAAAAGGAGGUCAAAGUGCCUGUGGAAAAGAAAAAGGAUGUGAAAAAAGAAGUAGCAAAGAAAGAAGAUACACCCAAACAUGAAGUUAAAAAGGAUGAAAAAGUAAAGAGAGAGGAGGCAAAGAAAGUUAUAAAAAAGGAUAUCAGAAGAGACUCACCUAUGAAGGAGAAGAAGGAAGAAAAGAAAGAGCAAAAGAAAGAUGUCAAAAGGCCCUUUAAAGACAUAAAGAAGACAUCAGCUGUGGGUGAAGAAAAGAGUCUAACACCAAAACCAAAGCCCCUGAAAAAAGAAAGUCCUUCAAAGAAAGAUGCAGGAACUCCAUCAAAGUUAAAAGACAAAGGAAAGCCAAAGGUGACAAAGAAGGAGACAAAGCUGGACAGUGGCAAACUUGCAGCAAGUGCAGCUGCUGCUGCAGCUGCUGCUGCAGCUGUAGCUGCAGUUGCAGUUGCAGUUGCAGAGGAUCCAGAAGCAGUACGAUCCCUGAUGUCCACACCAGAGGACCUCACUAAGGACUUUGAGGAGCUUAAAGCUGAAGAUUUAGUGGAGGAUGACGCAACUGUGCCACAAAUGAAGGAAGAAGAGACUGUGAUGAUCCACAGUGAAGAAAUAAUACAAACCAAAGAGUCACCUGAGGCAUUGGAGUCUGUGGAUGAGGGUAUUACCCCAACAGAGGUUGAAGGAGACAAUGGAGUGACUCCAGAAGAACAAGUUCCUAAAGGAAAACUCAACAGCAGUGUAAGUGAGAAGUUUGAAGAUGAAGGUACUGUCAUGGAGGAGACAUAUGAGGGAGGAGAUUAUGAAGAUAAGGCAGAGAUAGAAGAAGUUUAUGAACCACAGAGAGUGGAACAAGAUAAAGUUGAGCUUGUUCCUAGUGAAGAUGAACACCAAGACAGAAAUGAUGACGUCAAACCAGGAGCUAGUGUUGAAGACAACGAUGAUGUAACUAACAAAAAUGUAGAAGGUCAGAGUGUAAAUGUGGAAGAAACAGACAAACAAAAUCUGUUUGUAUCAGCCUCACCAAAAGUGUCCUCACCUGUUUCUCCAGCUGCAUCCAUCCAUGACGAAAUGCUUCCUGUUGGCUUUGACAGCACAGCAGCCUCUGAUGAUGAGAACAGAGAUGAACCCCCUGAGGAUUACACUGUCAACUCUGGUAACACUCAGUCCAUCAUUGAGAUCUCCAGUGUGCCUACUCCCAUGGAUGAGAUGUUGACUCCUAGGGACAUGAUGAGUGAUGAAAUCCCCAAUGAUGGGUCUCCUUUACAGGACAUGGGCAGGUUAGUGACAUCAGCAUCUGGAGAGUUUGACAGUAAGAAGCUGUCUCCACUUCCAGAUAUGCCAGGGACAGAUCACUCUCAUAGUGAUGCCACAGAAGGCCAGGACUACAUCCACUCCGCCUCCACGAUAUCUCCAACUUCAUCACUAGAAGAGGAUAAGUUAUGUAAGGGGUUUCCCUCUGCUGGGAAAGCUGAAGGGUUUGCCACAGCUCAAGAGACAUGUGAGAAUCAUGACGCAGACACAGCUAGACUCAGUUCAACUUCCGCAACAUCACCACUCGUCCGUUCUCCUUCAGUGGACCGCAAGGACAAGUUUGAUUCCCCAUUACUGUUUGCUGCCCCAAUAGAACUGUCCACGACAAUGGCAGGGUGCGCCAAAGAGACAGCUAAUCCCUCCAUCAGCCCAGAUGACAAGACAUUGGAGGAAACUAACUCACCUCAGUCCUCUGGUCACACACCUUACUAUCAGUCACCAGUAGAUGAAAAAGCAGGAGCUCUACCACCUGUGUCAGAAGACGAAGCACAGGGUCCAAUAAUUGUGGAGGUCAUAAGUGAUAAAGAGGAUUCCUCCAAUAGAGGUACUCCAGAGUCUAAUGAGCCGGAAAGAGAAAGUUCAUCCCCAGUAGAGAGGAUAUUCUCUCCAAAAUGUUCACCUUUAAUUGGACCUGAUUCCCCAACAAAGAUGGAAAAGUCACCCUUCAGUGUAGAAGAGAAGAAAAAUGGAGAUUCAAUCUCGUCCUCAGCACCAAUGAUCAAACCAGAAUUAGACACCAAUCCUUUCACAGCUUUCAAAGAAGAGAGUAAAAUGUCCAUUUCAGAGGGUACCACAUCAGACAAGUCAGAAACCCCUCUGGAUGAGGUGGUAGCAGAAGACACAUUUUCACACUUAGCUUCAGCAUCCACCACCUCUCUGGCCACCAGCUCCUUCCCAGAACCCACCACAGACUCUCCCUCCCUUCAUGCUGAGGUAGGCUCUCCUCACUCAACAGAGGUAGAUGACUCUUUGUCUGUAUCAGUGGUUCAGACCCCAACCACCUUCCACGAAGCCGAGGGAUCUCCAUCCAAGGAAGAUAGCCCGAGGCCCAUGUCUAUCUCCCCAGACAUCUCACCAAAGACGAAAAGCAGAACACAGGACACAAAAUCCCCAGAGCACUCCACCAUGUCGUUAGAGUUUGGCCAGGAGUCCCCUGACCACUCCUUAGCCCUGGACUUUAGUAGGCAAUCUCCAGAGCAUCUGUCCGUGGGAGGUAGUUCACGUGCUACAGAGAAUGGCCCGACUGAGGUUGACUACAGCCCCUCGGAUGGAGCAAAUGGAAAACCAUUUGAAGACCAUAGUUCUACAGUGGAAAAACCUUUUCUUUUUGAGGAGAGCGAUUCAGCCCUUGCCACUUCUGCAACCCCGUCAGACGCAUCUCAGUCAACUCCCUCUGUUACAACCCCAUGCCAGAUGACAGAGAUGCUACACACCAUGGCUGACCAGACAGAUAAGUCUCCGGUCACCCCAAAGGCAUCCUCUCUCACCCAUUCCCCCCAAUCCAAUGAGCCAUCCCCAGUGCUAGGAGGCUCCCCGGCUCAAGAAAAAAUCAGCCCAAUUUCACCAUCCGCCGAGAGCAUUUCUAAUAAAUCUGACACACAGCAGAAAUAUGACAAGUCACCCUCACCUCCCAAAGCUGCUUCUCCUUCAUCGCCUUGUACCUUUUCAAAUAAAGAGACCUUUUCCCCGGCAAAGGAGACUAAUCCCUUUAAAUGUGAGGAUGCUACACUUGAGGCACAAUCCCCUGUGAGCCCCAAAGUUCCCUUUCCAUCAUAUCUACCUCUCUCCUCUGAUCCUUGUCAUUACAAUUCUGCCUGUGGCUCCAGGGACCCAGAAUUUUCCACAAAGAAGAGCCCCUCUCCUCCAUCUAAGACAGAUGUCGACCUCUGUCUAGUCACUUCAUGUGAGUAUCGUCACCCUAAAACAGAACUUUCCCCGUCUUUCAUCAACCCUAACCCUAUAGAAUAUUUCAUCAAUGAAGAGAAUGCCAUGGAUGAGGAGAAGCCUCUUACCAAGUCAGGAGGAGGGCCCCCACCUCCAGGUGGUAAGCUUUCCGCCAAGCAGUGUGAGGAGACCCCGCCCACAUCCAUCAGUGAAUCUGCCCCCUCCCAGACGGAUUCAGAUGUGCCACCAGGGACAGAGGAGUGCCCCUCUAUUACAGCAGAUGCUAACAUUGACUCUGAAGAUGACUCUGAGACUCUGCCGACUGACAGAACGCUGACCUACAGGCAUGCCGAUCCUCCUCCAGUCGCUCUCAGGGACUCCGCUCCAUCUUCAGGCCACCAUGAUGUCUGCAUGGUGGACCCGGAGGCCCUUAAGGCUGAAGAAAACCUCCACAAUGCUAAUACAGAAGGAGGAGAAAAGCCCAAGAAGAAAAAGCUCAUUAAAAAGUCUUCAUCGCCAGCUAGGAAGAGUGCUCUAUCAAAAGUAAAGGACACAAAGACUUUGUCUCCAAAGAAGACUGUCGGAGAAGGGAAAGAUGCAAAAAAUGCAACUAAUACCUCUGCAUCCAGAGGUGUAAAAAGUGCCUCAUCUGGUACUGGCAGUGGAAAGGUAUCAGGUGGGGCAUCUCUGCCCAACUGUCCUCCUAUGUACAUGGAUUUGGUUUACAUCCCUAAUCACUGCAAUGCCAAGAAUGUGGAUGCUGAGUUCUUUAAGCGGGUGCGCUCUUCUUACUAUGUGGUCAGUGGCAAUGAUCCGACAGCUCAGGAGCCCAGUAGGGCUGUUCUUGAUGCUCUGCUUGAAGGGAAGGCCCAGUGGGGAAACAAUAUGCAGGUCACUAUGAUCCCCACCCAUGACACUGAUGUGAUGAGGGAGUGGUACCAGGAGACCCACGACAAGCAGCAGGAGCUCAACAUCAUGGUCCUGGCCAGCAGCAGCACUGUUGUCAUGCAGGAUGAGUCUUUCCCCGCUUGUAAGAUAGAAAUGUAG